CAGUGGGCAAGGCAACGUGUUGUACUGUCGUUGCAGAAAGAGGGAGAAAGUACAUUUUUCAGUCCCGAGCCUUUCUGUCGUCACCUCGGAAGAGAUCGGUGUCGACAGCGUCAUGCGGGUCCGUGCUGAAGCUAAUACUCACCUUCUGGCUCUACUUCUCGCUACUUCACGCCUUCUACAGUCCACUUUAAGCCCACUAUACCUCUCUUCUCCGCAGCACGCCCCCUGCACGUCCCAAGUAAGGCAUCGCACAAGAUUUGAACUCACUGCGCGAAUUUCCCGCCCGCUUCCCACCGCUAUAUGUACUGGUUCCCGACUCCCAGUAGCUCACUUGACCCAUACGAUGUGCCUUCGAUAGCGUGUACUAUGAUCCCUUCAGCCGCCGUACGUGAGACGUGCAUCGUAUGACCCGUCCCGAUGCUCCGUCCUCAGGCUUGUCACGCACAAGGCGACAGUGCCCGCGAUGGGUGUGCGCGCAUGAACUCCGGACAAAGAACACCAACUCUCCGCUGUCCCGGACCGUUUUGGAGCCAGAGGAGCGUCCAACGACAGGCGCCGAUCAAUCUCUCGGUCCCGAGAGUCUGGAGAUCCAAAUCUACGCAGGCGGAACGACUCUCCGUCCGCCACGGCCCGCCCACGAAGACAAGGACGCUC